AGCGAGGCUUCACCAAUCCCGGGCUCUGGCUUCAUCCCCGGCUCGGCGACAGGCCAGCAGCGCUAAUAAGAGUCGCCUAGCCGUCCAGUAAUGGGGAAGUGGUAACAGUGGAGGGGGGAGACGCCGCUGUGUGAGGAAGUUGAGAGGGGGUUUACGGGAGAAGAAGAAGAAGCUCCAGACCCGGACCGCUCCACACAGACGAGACCCAUCCUCCUACAGUUGCUGUUGUUGAGUAGCCCUGAAAGAGGAAAAACAUAAAGGCGCGCAGUGAUGGAGAGAAAGCGUCCUGGCAUGCCGUCUGGAGCGAGGAUGCCCCACCAGGGAGCUCCCAUGGGCCCCCCCGGCCCACCGUAUGGCGGGAGUCCGGCGGUGCGGCCCGGCCUGCCCUCCCCGGUGAUGGAGCCCAGCCGCAAGAGGCCCGCCCCGUCCCAGCAGGUCCAGCAGCAGCAGCAGCAACAGCAGCAGCAGCAGCAACAGCAGCAGCAGGCCGUACAGAACCGAGCCAGGAAGAAGCCCGUCGGAUUCCCCGGAGCCAAUGAGAUGCCGGCGAGGCAGAUGGACAUGAGAGAGCCCCAAUCAGAUCCCACGCUUGGAUCAAAUGCUAAGAGAAGGAAAAUGGCAGACAAGAUUCUUCCGCAAAGGAUUCGGGAGCUGGUUCCAGAAUCUCAGGCCUACAUGGAUCUACUGGCUUUCGAGCGCAAAUUGGACCAGACCAUCAUGCGUAAACGCGUGGACAUUCAGGAAGCACUGAAGAGACCGAUGAAGCAGCAAAAGCGUAAACUGAGGCUUUAUAUUUCCAACACUUUCAACCCGGCUCGACCUGAUGCCGAUGACUCAGAUGGCAGCAUUGCCUCAUGGGAGCUGAGAGUGGAGGGGAAACUUCUGGAUGACCCUGGGAAGCAGAAAAAGAAGUUUUCUUCAUUUUUUAAGAGCCUGGUGAUCGAGCUGGACAAAGAGCUGUACGGUCCUGACAACCACCUGGUCGAGGUCAGCACUAACAAGAUCUCUGCGCAAACAAACAAACAAACUGUUGGGUCCCGGUUUCAUAAACGUGCUGAUGUCGUGGGUUUGUUCUUCCAGUGGCACCGCACGCCCACCACCCAGGAGACGGACGGGUUCCAGGUGAAGCGGCCAGGAGACGUGAGCGUGCGCUGCACCCUGCUGCUGAUGCUGGACUACCAGCCCCCCCAGUUUAAGCUGGACCUCCGCCUGGCUCGGCUGCUCGGCAUUCACACUCAGACUCGCUCCUGCAUCAUCCAGGCGCUCUGGCAGUACGUGAAGACCAACAAGCUGCAGGACUCCCAUGACAAGGAGUACAUCAACUGUGACAAGUACUUCCAACAGAUUUUUGACUGCCCUCGCCUGAAGUUUUCUGAGAUUCCUCAGCGCCUCACUAACCUCCUCCUGCCGCCCGACCCCAUCGUCAUUAACCACGUCAUCAGCGUGGACCCCAACGACCAGAAGAAGACGGCGUGCUACGACAUCGACGUGGAGGUGGAGGACCCCCUGAAGAGCCAGAUGAGCAGCUUCCUCCUCUCCACCGCCAACCAGCAGGAAAUCGCCUCGCUCGACAACAAGAUCCACGAGACCAUUGAGUCCAUCAACCAGCUGAAGAUCCAGCGGGACUUCAUGCUCAGCUUCUCCAGAGAUCCCAAAGGCUACAUCCAAGACUGGCUCAAAUCCCAGAGCCGAGACCUCAAGCUGAUGACGGACGUGGUGGGGAACCCUGAGGAGGAGAGGAGGGCGUCGUUUUACCACGAACCCUGGUCCCAAGAGGCCGUCAGCCGUUAUUUCUACUGCAAGAUCCAGCAGAGGAGGCAGGAGCUGGAGCAGGCCUUGGCGGUCCGCAACACUUAAACAGGGGCUCCUCUGAACCACCGCCGCCUUGUUUUCAGAGAUCUGUGUGUGAAUGAGUGUGUGUGUGUGUGUGUGAAAGAGAGACCAUCGCUGGAGUCUGAAACGCUAAAUCUUUAAUGAAACUAAAAGAAAUCUCGGUUCCAUUUGUCACCAGUGUUUUAAAGUGAAACAAACCGAGGAGGCUGAUUGGACGCCGUCAUCCCUCAGCUGCUCUGCUUUUGUAAAUAUAAUCCUGAAAAAGAAGGAAACAAACUCCACAUCCAGCUGCUCACACACCUCUGAGUCUCUGGACACUCAGAGUUURUUUUGUUUUUGUUUUUUUAUGAGGUAAUAUCCAGUUUUACAUUCUUUAAAUCAUUUUUUUAUGAUUGUACUUUGAUUCUUUUUGAAGUGUGUCUGCGUGCGUUUUAAUUUCUCUUCGAUUUGUUUAUGAAGGGUUAAAUAGUUACACCAGCAAAGCUUAGAUGACAUUUUGUUGGCUGUAAAUUAUGUCCAUUAAAAAAAAAUUUCAAAACUCAUUGAUUCAUUAGAAAGAAACAGACUUCUGAACUAAAGUGUUAUAACAUUAAUAUCCGUGUGUUUAUAAAUGACGAAGGCGAUACCGAGUAUUAAUUAACGAGCAGAUUUUUUUUUCACAUUUCUGAAGCGUGUUCUUGCUUCUCGUCGCUCACUUCCUGUUUCUCGUGUGUUAUUUUGCAAGCUGACGCUCUGAAAGGUGUUACCAAAGGCUACGAUGACAACAACAAAAAGAAGUGGACAAAAAACACAGAUCUGGGCCCAAAUGCUUUUUGUAACCUUUAAAAUCUAAUUUCAGCAAACAUUUAAGUCCAAGUCUGAGAUUUUGUCCAUUUUUUUAAAGUUUUUUUAAGUUAUGCACACACACACGAAAAAAAAAAAGAAAAAUAAGGGUUCUUUUCUAGAGAUGUGAAUGUAAAUARGUUUUUGUCUCCUUAAGAAGGCCAGCUGUACAGUAUACAAUGUUUUUUUUUUAAGGGAGCGGGGUCAAUGUUGCAGUUUUGAAGCAGUAGCGCAGGAAUGUUAGUGUUCCUCUGUGUGCUAUCUUGGCUUUGGGCUGGUUUAUUUUAGGUCCAUCCUGCAUCUGUCGUGGGAGCUGCAACAACAACAAAAAAAGCGACCUCCUUUAUCCUCAAUCUCAGAAUCUGUAACACAUAAAACAAUCUGCACCAUUUUUUUUACAACACUUGACCUGUAUAUGUAUAUGUUGUACUGUCACAUGAAGGGUGUUUUUUUUUUUAAACCAGAAGCCUUUUUUGGAGGGGUUCUUUGCACUGUGCUGUAACUCUUGUCGGGGUUUCUUAUCGUCAUCUUUUUGUUUUUUGUUUGUUUUUUUAGCCCCAGCGUACACAAAAAGUGAUUUCACGAUGACCUAUGCAUGCUCCAUGAACAUGGAAUAAUUCAUCUAAUGAGACAGUGUGUAAAUAUUUAAAAAAAAACAACAACAAGCUAGGCAUGGACGUGUGUGUCAGUCAAGGGCAGGACUUGACACWUUUGUUGAAAUGCCUUUUGGAAACUUUUUUUUUUUUUUGCCAAAAAUGACACGCCCUACCAGCAGCUAACUGUAGGAGUGACUCUUCAGAGACUAAUAACUGCACUCUGUAGGUGAYAAACAGUAGACUUUAGGUAGUAUCUGAGUCCUGGAGGGACUUUUCUUUGCAUGGCCAGGACUUUCCAUAUUGUUGUCACUGGAUCACUASCGCCCUCUUCUGGAGGAAACUGGAGCUGCGCCUCAGAAUCACUACUGUGUCUUCUGCUACUAAAAAACCCUGACGUGUUUGUCUCAACCCCUGCAUGUGUUUCUGUACACUGAGGGUCACCUACAGGUUAAUACUGUAAAUCUCUGAAGGGUUGUGGGGGGAUUAAAGUUACACAAAUAAUAAUAAUGAAGUAAAAAGAAAAYGAAAAGCAGCUGUGACACCGUUGAGACAGCCUGGAUGUAAAUAAAGAAGCGCUUGCCAAAGUUUGUAAAUGCCA